AUGUUGUCUAUGUACCUGUGUUACAUAGCUUUUUGUCCAAUCAAGAUCUUAACCAAAGCUUUUCUGGUUGUAAAGAGGGCUUCAGGACAACAAGCACCAGUGUUUGCACCGGAACAAUUCCCAGCAGAACAAUUCCCGCUUGAUCAGCAAGCACCAGAGUUUGCACCUGAACAAUUCCCAGCAGAACAAUUCCCGCUUGAUCAGCAAGCACCAGAGUUUGCACCUGAACAAUUCCCAGUGGAGCAAUUCCCACUUGAUCAGCAAGCACCAGGGUUUGCACCUGAACAAUUCCCAGUGGAGCAAUUCCCGCUUGAUCAGCAAGCACCAGAAUUUGCACCUGAACAAUUCCCAGUGGAGCAAUUCCCGCUUGAUCAGCAAGCACCAGAAUUUGCACCUGAACAAUUCCCAGUGGAGCAAUUCCCGCUUGAUCAGCAAGCACCAGAAUUUGCACCUGAACAAUUCCCAGUGGAGCAAUUCCCUCUUGAUCAGCAAGCACCAGAGUUUGUACCGGAACAAUUCCCAGUGGAACAGUUCCCGCUUGAUCAGCAAGCACCAAUCCUCAGCAAGCACCAGGACCUUCCUGUAGAAAUCCCAACUGAAUUGCUCAAUAAGGUUAAUAAACUGCCUAUUGAGAAACUUGGAAAUCUACCUCUAGGAAAGCUGGAGAAGCUCCCUUUCGAUAAGCUCCCAGUAGAGAUUCCAGGAAAGUUCUUUGGGCGAUAA